AUGGCGCGGGCGCCGGGCGCGGGGCUGUCGGCCGCCUGGCACACGCUCAGCACGGCGCUGGUGCCGCCCGCGGCGCUGGGGCUGGCAGCAGCGAGGUGUGAUGCCGUGGGGCCCCUGAAGGACGCGGAGCUGCGGGCUGCCCUGGACGUGCUGCGGCGGCACGACCUGCACUCCGUCCUGGAGGAGUGGUUCAUCGAGGUGCUGCAGACAGACCUUCAGGCAAACAUAGCUCCCGAGUUCUGGAACUGCAUCACCCAGUAUGAAAACACAGCCGAGGAGCCCCAGUCCUCCUCCCUCCUCCUGGAGGCGUUUUGUCUUCUCAAGUGCCGCCUGGACCCUUACCUGAACAGCCUGGAGCUGCUGGAGAGAUGGACCAAGGCAGGCUUGCUCCUGGGCACAGGGGCUCAGAUGCUGCAAGAGAAGGUCUACACCAUGUUCAGAGCUAUCCUUUUCUUCUCCACUACCAAGUCCUUCCAGGAAAUGAUCCAGCAGUUCUACAGCCGCACCUUCAGGAUAUACAUGAGGCAGUGGAAGAGAGGAGAAGAGGGAGCGAAGGAGAACGAGAGCAGCAUGAGUGAGACAGAGCAGGAGAGCGAUACAGAGGAGGCUGGAGGAGAGAGCCCGCUGUGUGCAGGCUGCAGCAGCAAGAGAGAGCGGUGCUGGUGCCCCAAAGCCAUGGAGCAGUUCCAGCAGCUCAAUGACAUUCUCCGGCAGCUGAACCUGCUGGAGCGAGUGAGCGCCGACGCCGUCACCACCAUCCUGCACCAGAUGAUAGAGGAGAGGAUGGAGCAGCGCUGCAGGGGGGAGUAUGAGCACUCCUUCCUCAACGAGUUCCAGGAGUGGAUUGAGAAGGUGUUAGGCUGGCUCAGCAGGGUUUUCCUGCAAGAUGACCCCUCAGCACGCUGCUCCCCAGAGGCCAGCAGCACCCUGAGGCGCUGGCGCUGCCACGUCCAGAGGUUCUUCUACCGCAUCUACGCCAGCCUGCGCAUCGAGGAGCUCUUCAGCAUCAUCCGAGAUUUCCCAGAGUCGAAGCCUGCUGUGGAGGAUCUCAAGUUCUGCCUGGAAAGGACUAAUCAGAGGCAGCAGCUGCUCAGCUCCCUGAAAAGUGCUCUGGAAAUGCGACUUCUGCAUCCUGGAGUCAACACAUCCGACAUCAUCACUCUCUACAUCUCGGCCAUCAAGGCCUUGCGCGAGCUCGACCCCUCCAUGGUUAUCCUGGAGGUCGCCUGUGAGCCCAUCAGGAAGUACCUGAGGACUCGGGAGGACACGGUGCGCCAGAUCGUGGCUGGGCUCACAGGGGACGCUGAGGGCUCCGGUGACCUCGCCAAUGAGCUCUCCAAAGCUGACCCAGUCACCCUGGAGAACGGCCAGGAGAGUGAUGAUGACAUCUCAGACCCAGGAGACUGGGUUCCUGACCCAGUUGAUGCAGACCCAGGGAAAUCGAGCUCCAAACGUCGCUCCUCAGACAUCAUCAGCCUCCUGGUGAGCAUCUAUGGCAGCAAGGACCUGUUCAUCAACGAGUACCGCACGCUGCUGGCCGACCGCCUGCUGCACCAGUUCAACUACAGCGCUGAGAGGGAGAUCCGCAACGUGGAGCUGCUGAAGCUGCGCUUUGGGGAAGCUCAGAUGCACUACUGUGAGGUCAUGUUAAAGGACAUGGCUGACUCGCGGCGCAUCAACGCCAACAUCCGAGACGAGGAGGAGAAGCUGCCAGAGGAGGAGAAACCACCCUUCAGCCUUGUUGCUGUGAUCCUGUCCAGUGAGUUUUGGCCACCACUGAAAGAGGAGAAGCUGGAGCUUCCAGAGCAGGUCAAGGAAGCCAUGGAAGCCUAUUCCAAGAAGUAUGAGAAAUUGAAGGCCAUGAGGACCCUGAACUGGAAGCACCACCUGGGCCUGGUGAGCCUGGAGGUGGAGCUGGCAGAUCGCAGCCUCUCGCUCUCGGUGUCUCCUGUGCACGCUGCCAUCAUCCUGCACUUCCAGACCAAGAGCACAUGGACCCUGAGUGAGCUGAGUGAGGUGCUCAAGGUGCCCGUGACGUCCCUGAAGCGUAAGAUGACUCUGUGGCUGCAACAAGGUGUCCUGAAGGAAGAACCCCAGGGCACCUUCACUGUGAUUGAGGAGGAGCAGAAGGACCAGGUGGAGAAGGUUGUUCUGAUUGACAGUGAUGAGGAGGGAGACUCUGCCAUGGCAUCCCAGGCUGACCAGAAGGAGGAAGAGCUGCAGCUCUUCUGGACCUACAUCCAGGCAAUGCUGACCAACCUGGAGAGCCUGUCCUUGGAGAGGAUCCACAGCAUGCUCAAGAUGUUUGUGAUGACAGGCCCAGUGGUUACAGAAAUCGAUGUCCAGGAGCUGCAGGGCUUCCUGCAGAAGAAGGUCAGGGACCAGCAGCUCAUCUACUCCGGGGGUGUCUAUCGCCUGCCCAAGAACUGCAACUAGAGAGCUCCCUCCUCAGCCCUGCUGUCCCCUGUGCCCCUGCUCCCACUGUCACCCAGGGCAGCAGUUUCUCUCUGUGGUUUGCUGUGCCCUCUGCCCCAAAUGGGUGUCCCUCCCCACACAGCCCAGCAGCAGCCUGGGCAGUGCACCCUACAGCUGCUGGGAUUGGCCCACCUUACCUUUCCUCCUCUCCAUGAGUGUCUGGGCUCACUUGGCUGCAUAAUAAAACCCAGCAGUCUUCUUUUUCA